ACAUGGGGAGAGCAGCCUGUUUAAAACAGCCUCGGCUCCCUCAGUCAAAGCAUUGCAAGACAGACACACACACGUUCAUUCUCCUCCUCCACAUGCACACUUGCUCCUACUCAUGCACGCAGGACGCAACUUUCCUCUAACGGACUGACACCGCACACACGCCAGGAUACACAUACUCCCGUUCUACUUUGGAGAAGAGGAUAAGGAGUGAAAGAUCAGGAUCAGGAAGCACAGAAAAGGAAGGACAUUCCCAGGUGAAGAGGAAGACCCAGCGUAGACUUCCUCUCCCUUUAUGGGGAGCAGGCAACAUCUUCCCCCACAUGAUGGAUGUCUUACUUAGGGACAAAACUCCUCACGUGCCAUUUCCCGCUGAUGGCCUCGCAGGCAACAACGCAAGACGCUAUUAUGGCAAACCUUGUGACAUCGUUGUGCUGUGUAGUUCUGGCUGCAGUGGUGGUAGCUUACGCUCAGAGACGCAUUCAGCUUGUUGCAAGGAACCAGUAUGAGCGGAUGGGCAGUGACGUCACCAUGCAGUGCGGCUCCCUGGAAAGUGGCACGUCGGUGUCGUGGAAGGUGAAUGGGACAGACGUGCAGGCCAAGCACCAAUUAGAAGGUCCAGUGCUGAUUCUGAACCAGGUGGACCUCAGCCAUAAUGGACUCUACAGCUGCUUUCAGAACCCACACGGAGAGAGGCGUGAUACCAUUUAUCUUCACGUAGGAGUUCCCCCUCGGGAGCCGCUGAUCACCUGUCGGUCCAACACCUACCCUAAAGGUUUCUACUGCAACUGGCACCUGCAGCACUCAACCUACAUCCCCACCAGCUUUGAAGUGGACAUACAACAUAACCAGCGCUCGCUGGCGGUGGAGAAGGAUGCGGUCCAUAAGAAUCGCUGUCAUGUUCGAUUCCCAGAGGUUUUCUCCUCCUAUCCUUAUGUGGUGAACGUGACGGUGAUAAACACUCUGGGGAAAGCAUUUAACACAUACGUCUUUGAAGAAUCCAAUAUAGUAAAACCGGAUCCGCCUGAGCGUGUGACAGCGACCCCGAUCCGUUUCAACCCUAGAAGGCUGGAGGUGUCCUGGCAAAGUCCGGCCACCUGGCCUGAAAUAGACAGCUUCCCUCUGAAGUACUUCCUUCGAUACCGGCCUCUGAUCCGAGAGCAGUGGCAGCAUGUGGAGCUGACUGACAGCACUUCUCAUACCAUCACUGAUGCCUAUGCUGGAAAGGAAUACAUCAUUCAGGUGGCUGCUAAAGACACGGAGAUUGGUACAUGGAGUGACUGGAGCGUUGCCGUCCAUGCUACACCUUGGAUUGAGGAGCCUCUGCCAAACACUUCCACAACUGAAGUGGACUUUCUUACUGAGACGAAGACCUCUCCCAUCCCGUCCUCCAAAGCACCGCAGAAGGCUGAAUCCCCCGUGGGCAGAGCCGCCGGGGUCAUCACGUUUUACUCUCCUUUGCUGUUAGGAGUCACGCUGCUGCUUAUGUGAUGUGAAAAUCGUUUUCCUGAAGAUUAACAUCGAGCACGAGGAGGAAUGCGAUGAAGAGACGGAAGAUGGUGUUUUUUCUAUUUUGCACAUGUUUCGAGGAUACAGUGCAUUGAUCAAAUCUGCCCAUCACAAAGUUACUUACCAAAAUUACUUAGAGGAAAUCAGAUGACAAUGAUGCGAUCGUGCAUUCGUUUUUUGAUUUGAUUGAUGGCGACAAAGAAAUUCAUCAGAGGAACUUUUCAAAAUGGCAUUGAGAGCAGCAGCAGAGCCAGCGACAUGAAAUGGUUUCAUGUUACAUCUGGUAGCUUCCAUGAGCUACGGCAGACUGACCUGUUCAGCUAGGCUCAGGAAGCUCGUCGUCACAGCGAGAAGUCUUCAGCUGAAUUAAAGCAUUUUCUAGUUACCUUUCUCUCGUUUUGUUUUAUAAUUUACUAUUCCUUUUUUUUACUGCACAAGGCUUUACACACAAACACACACAAGAGAUGUGUGUUUGUGUGCAUGGUCACCGUAGCAACCCCAUAUACAGCUCAGUCAUCAUGCCAAAGACUCACCUGCACCCAUGAGAACACGGCUCCCAAAUUCUUCACUGAGCUUCCUGAAGCUGUGCUUGUCUUCAUCAGUGUGUGUGUGUGUGUGUGUGUGCGUGCGUGCGUGCGUGCGUGCGUGCGUGUGUGUGUGUGUGUGUGACAUCUGAUCGAUGGUAAGAAAACAGUACAUGAAUCACACCUGGGAUGAAUCUGAGGUUCCCUACAGCUCCUGUUUGUGUAAACACACAACCGAACAAACGAAGCUACAAUGAAACUCCAUCAGACGGUGACUCCGCGCGCCUCCGACGGCUGAACCAAACUGAUGGAGCGAGCUGUUUUUUGGAGUUUUUGUUGUUGUUGUUGUUUUUUUUUCUGAUCUGAGGAUUAACAAAUUUAAAGGAAGCAGAAUUGGUAGCCUGGCCUAUCUAGACAGUUAGCUUUACUUUGUGCUCACAGCAAAUGACAGGAGGGACUUGGACCGUAAAAAAAAGAAAAGAGAACAAGAUGGAUUUCAGACUGAACACUUCUUUUUCCACGCGGCUGUUUUUGGUUUGACUCUGUGUUGACAACAAGGUUGGUAACUGAAGCCCUGACAGCUACAGCAUGUCGGUUUCUCAUUCUGCUCUGUGCUGUAAAAUACAAUGACACAAACCUGUUUGCUUUUAAAAAAAUAAUAAAAACGUCUUUUUUUCUUUCAGUUACAUUUCAAUAGCCAAUAUCAGCAGUUAUUAUUAUGUUAUUCAGAUGAAUAUUGAUGUGUUAAUUGUAUUUUUGGGACAAAUAUUAAAAUGUUACAUAUAGGGCUUUUAGUUUUUUAUUUCUUUUUGUUUUCAGGCAUUCAUAAUGGCUUAAUUCUCCUUGAUCCUAUUUUGUAAACUAUGAUAUGUAACUUUAACAAUGAACAAAAAGUUUAUUAUUUAAUAAUAAUGAUAAUAAUAAUGUAUGUACUAGCGUUAGAAUGUCGUAACCUGUACCUGGGGUCUUUUUUAUAGAUGUAUAUACAAUGACAGGUUUCAGCCAUUAAAUGUGACCAUUUCACAAUGAA